AUGCAUGCAAAUGAGGUAGAUGACAUGCAGGCAAAUGAGGUUGAUAACAUGCAUGCAAAUGAGGUUGAUAACAUGCAUGCAAAUGAGAUUGAUGACAUGCAUGCAAAUGAGGUCGAUGACAUGCGGGCAAAUGAGGUUGAUGACAUGCAUGCAAAUGAGGUUGACAAUAUGCAUGCAAAUGAGGUAGAUGACAUGCAGGAAAAUGAGAUUGAUGACAUGCGGGCAAAUGAGGUUGCUGACAUGCAAGCAAAUGAGGUAGAUGACAUGCAUGCAAAUGAGAUUGAUGACAAGCAGGCAAAUGAGAUUGAUGACAUGCAUGCAAAUGAGAUUGAUGACAUACAUGCAAAUGAGAUUGAUGACAUACAUGCAAAUAAUAGAUGGUAA